ACGGGGCGCAGCCGAUCCCCGGCGGCUCUCGAGCAGCCGUUGCUGUUCAGGUCCGGGCAGUGUGGUGAGGAGCGUGGUCGGCGAGGAUCUUCUUCCCCGGCGGGGCCGCGGCCAUGGACGAGCAGAGCGUAGAGAGCAUUGCUGAAGUGUUCCGAUGUUUUAUUUGUAUGGAGAAAUUGCGUGAUGCACGCCUCUGUCCUCAUUGCUCCAAGUUGUGCUGUUUCAGUUGCAUUCGGCGUUGGCUGACGGAACAAAGAGCUCAGUGCCCUCAUUGUAGAGCCCCGCUGCAGCUGCGAGAGCUUGUAAACUGUCGUUGGGCAGAAGAGGUCACACAGCAGCUUGAUACACUUCAACUCUGCAAUCUCACAAAGCAUGAAGAAAAUGAGAAAGACAAGUGUGAAAGUCAUCAUGAAAAACUUAGUGUUUUCUGCUGGACCUGUAAGAAGUGUAUCUGUCACCAGUGUGCACUUUGGGGAGGAAUGCAUGGAGGACAUACUUUUAAGCCACUGGCAGAAAUCUACGAGCAGCAUGUCACAAAAGUCAAUGAAGAAGUAGUAAAGCUUAGGAGAAGACUCAUGGAAUUGAUCAGUUUGGUUCAAGAAGUGGAGAGGAAUGUAGAUGCAGUGCGUAGUGCGAAGGAUGAACGAGUUCGGGAAAUCAGGAAUGCAGUGGAGAUGAUGAUUGCCCGAUUAGACACUCAGCUGAAGAAUAAGCUUAUAACAUUGAUGGGUCAAAAGACAUCACUUACUCAAGAAACUGAACUUCUGGAAUCCCUGCUUCAAGAAGUAGAACAUCAGUUACGAUCGUGCAGUAAGAGCGAGUUGAUCUCCAAAAGUUCGGAGAUCCUGAUGAUGUUCCAGCAGGUUCAUCGGAAGCCUAUGGCCUCAUUUGUCACCACUCCUGUCCCCCCAGACUUCACAAGUGAUUUUGUCCCACAAUUCUUCAUAAAGUGCUGCUGGUGCUGGGUUCUCAGGAAGUGCUUUUCAUUGCGCCAGCGAGCAGAUCCUGUGUACAGUCCACCUCUGCAAGUGUCAGGACUUUGCUGGAGAUUAAAAGUUUAUCCAGAUGGAAAUGGUGUGGUAAGGGGCUACUACCUGUCUGUGUUCUUGGAGCUGUCUGCUGGAUUGCCAGAGACAUCCAAGUAUGAGUACCGUGUAGAAAUGGUUCACCAGUCCACCAACGAUCCCACCAAAAACAUAAUUCGAGAGUUUGCCUCUGAUUUUGAAGUUGGAGAAUGCUGGGGUUACAACAGAUUCUUUCGUUUGGACUUGCUAGCCAAUGAAGGCUAUUUAAACAGGCAAAAUGACACUGUGAUCCUAAGGUUUCAGGUGCGCUCGCCAACCUUCUUCCAAAAGUGCCGAGAUCAACACUGGUACAUUGCUCAGUUAGAAGCUGCUCAGACAAGUUAUAUUCAACAAAUAAAUAACCUUAAAGAAAGGCUUGCAAUUGAACUUUCCCGGACCCAGAAAUCACGAGGCAUUUCACCUCCAGACACUCAUCUGAGUCCCCAGAAUGAUGAUGGUCCAGAAUCGAGAUCAAAGAAAUCUGGGCAAACCACUGAAGCACUGCUUGAGAAUGUUGCUGCUCCAGGAUUAGUGCGCGAUAGCAAGGAAGAGGAAGAAGAGAAGAUCCAGCAUGAAGAUUUUAAUCUUGAGCUCUCUGAUGGUGACUUGGAUAUAGAUCUUGCUGGAGAAGAUGAGGUAAACCACCUUGAUGGCAGCAGCUCUUCAGCUAGUUCAACAGCAACUAGUAACACUGAAGAAAAUGAUAUUGAUGAAGAGACUAUGUCUGGAGAAAAUGAUGUGGAAUAUAGCAGUAAUAUGGAGUUGGAAGAAGGUGAUCUCAUGGAGGAUGCAGCAGCUGCUGCUAGUCCUGGAGCAUCAGGUACUAGCCACAGCUACAUCAGUGCAAGUGGAAGACCUUCAAGGCGGGGAGGAAGUGCCCUAGGCUCAGCAGCCAGUAGCAGUUUACUAGAUAUAGAUCCCUUAAUUUUAAUCCACUUGCUGGAUCUGAAAGAUAGAAAUGGAAUGGAAAACCUCUGGGGCCUUCAGCCACGUCCACCUCCCUCUCUUCUGCAGAAUAGAGCAUCAUCCUAUUCUCUAAAAGAUCGAGACCAGCGGAGACACCAGGCGAUGUGGCGCGUGCCCCCUGACUUGAAGAUGCUGAAAAGGCUCAAAACGCAGAUGGCUGAAGUUCGUAGCAAAAUGUCUGAUGUGAAAAACCAGCUGUCAGAAGUGAGAAGCAGCAACCCUGGCUCAUGUGAUGGUCAGCCCACCUUCUUCUCCAUUGAGCAGGGUGCUUUAGCUGCCUGUGGAACAGAAAGCUGCAGCAAGCUGCAAGAAAUAGGAAUGGAGCUACUAACAAAGUCUUCAGUUACCAGUUGUUACAUAAGGAAUUCUGCAAGUAAGAAAAAUAACUCGCCCAAAACUGUUCGCUCUGGAGCAGCAGGCAGCCUGUCUUUACGGAGAGCUAUGGACUGUGUGGACAGCAAUCUUCGCUUAAAGGGGGACACUCAAACUUCUGAAGGUGGCGUAGGGAGCUCCAAGUUGAGUGGUCGGCACCAUUCUGCCAGGGCCCUGGCUAACAGUAGUGUCCCUGAGUCACUGCCAAAGACAGAGGAGAGGCCUUGUGAUGGUUCAGAUUCGGAUAUGGGAGUUUCUGGCUUAAAUGGCUUAGCUGCUGUAGAGAAGACAAGGAAAGUUGGUGCUCUAGGGUCAACUUCUAAAGGGUGUCGUACAGAAGGAGCCCAGUCAGGUGGUCUGGAGAGCGGCUCUGACACAGGUGACCUACAGACUGUCCUUUCUGAGGGGGCUUCUGCAGGGCCAGAAGAAGCUGGGGUAUGUCAGAAGCAUGUCCUUCAUCUCCUACCAGGAAUGAGCAGUGACAGCGACAUUGAAUGUGACACAGAAAAUGAAGAGCAGGAAGAUGGUGCCUCUGCCUCAGUGGGGUUUAACCAGUCCUUCUCAGUCCAGUCCUCCAGUGAAGCCUCGGAGCAGUGUGCAGCAUUCCCAGAGGGUGACCAAGCCGGUCCUGAUGAUCUCAGCUUUGCUACUGGAGAAGACAGCACCAGGUAA